AUGGCUCAAAGCACGGGUUCCCAAGAUUCCUCCAUUGGCACUGGGAGAGCUGCUCGGCCUUCCCGGUUCGUGGAAGAUGAUGAGGUAUCCGAUGGGUUCGUCGCGCCUCCUGGAGACGCCGUUCGUGGAGCCAAACUCUUCAAGAAGCACUGUGCACAGUGCCACUCCGUUUUCCCUGAUGGGCGUCAUUUAAUCGCUGGCAAUACUUCGUGGGGACCUACGCUCUGGAACGUCUACAUGAGAACGGCCGGCGUUGAGAAAGACACCUCAUGUGCCCCCGUUAGCGCCCAUAUCCUCGAUUCCGGCGUCGUUUGGAAUGACGCGAACCUCAUGAGGUACAUGAAAAACCCGAAGAUGUUCAUUAACGGCGUAGUCGGCAUGAACUUCUUUGGAAUCGCCAACUUUCAAGAUCGAGUUGACAUUAUUCAUUAUCUUCGAACCUUAACUUGGUCGCAUCCAAAUGGCAAGAAGAUCCUGGACAUCAUGUCUUCGGAUAAGUCAAAGUAG